AUGGAAGCUACAGCUCCUCAAAGCACCUCUCAACUUUCCACAGAGGACGAUCCAGUCAACGAAAUGGAUAGGAAGAGACAUACUCCAAUGCCUAGUUUUGUGAAGGCGAUGCUUGUCACGUCUAUCGAGAAGCACAUGGCAGAGUAUACCGUUGAGUUCAUAGAUAAUGACCAGCGGCUUCACGUUGUGCUACCUCCCGGCGACUACCACCGCCUAGACACACAUUGUGUUGCUCGCCGGGACUUGGAAAAGGCGAUGCAGAAGACUAAGCUCUCCACGUUCUUUGAGGCAGAGAAGCCAUUGCAUUUCAAGAAUUUGGAGAUGCUGGCAAAUAUAACUAAACGCCAUGUUGAAGAUCAUGCAGCUGUUGAGGCAGCAAGAAGGGAAGGAGUGCACACCUCCAAGAACGCAGAGCAAAACAUGAGGAUGGAACGAGGAGAUUGA